AUGUCUCUAUCACCGCCUCUGAGCAUAGUGACUUCUGUCAAAGGAUCCAUUAUCGUAUCGUCGCGGUCAGCACGCGGUAGGCGCGAACAGCGUGGAUCCACUCGAGUGUUCAGGACCAUCGUCUUCAGCGCAAAGUUCUUCCGGGCCGUUCUGCAUGAAUUUUGUGACAUUCCGGCUGUUCGUAUCAACUGCGAUGGACUCGUGGACGAGCGUAUCGCUCCGCGUUUCGAGGCUACAGUUGUACAAAGCAGCGACUUCCUUCACGGCUACGAUUGGGAACGCGCCGCGAUCAUGACAGAGCAUACAGGUGUACGUCUGGUGGCCACCUCAGGGUCUGUGGAUCAAGACGUCCUUCACAAACGCAUCUCACGCAACAGACUCAACAAGAGCAAUUCAGUAUUGAAACUGUUAUCCAUCCUUUGCAACACAAGUGAGCACAGAUUUGGCUUGUACCGUCGAUCAAAGGACACUGGAAACGUCAUUGUGACACGUGUGGACAGACAGCCGCUCACAGUCAACUACCUGAGAACUCUCUGCGACUGGAUCGAGGCCAAGCUGCGACCCAUGUUUCAGAAAGCCAGCACAGACUGCUUGAAGCUGGAGCGCCACUAUCUCAACAACUUGCGUACUGGAACGGACCCAGCAUUUGCAAUGAAGAAUAUCAGAAGAAGCGUUUCCAAGCAGAUUUCCCGAAGACAUCUGCUGGUGUGGAGCAGGACCAGACUGAACAACGAAAUGACGGUGGACAGUCAUGUGAUGGACGUUCCAGACAACAACGACUUGACCGACGAUGAGAUGCCAUACGACUACGAGAACUGA